AUGAAAUCGUUAAUGUCCACAGAUGAACCAUCAACUUCUUCAACAACUUUUAUUCUCAUUUCAUCAUUGAAUCCAUUGAUAUCACCGGUACAAGGAAAUGGAAGUAAAGCAACGGAAAGUGAUGAGGAAAUUUUGUGGAAAAUAACGAUGUGUGGAGUGGCACUAGCGAUGAUCGCGUGUACUCUCAUCGGGAAUGCCCUUGUCUGUAUGGCGGUUCUGUUAGUCAGAAAGUUGAGACAACCGGCGAAUCUCCUGUUGGUCUCACUGGCCGUCGCCGAUUUCUUUGUCGGUCUCAUCGUGAUGCCCUUGGCUCUCGUUGAUUUCAUUGCGCCAAGUUGGCCUCUCGGUUUGAUCGGUUGUCAAAUCUGGACAACAGCCGAUCUCACUCUCUGCACAGCUUCCAUCUGCAAUCUUUGUGCAAUAUCGGUUGAUCGAUAUUUGGCCAUUUCGAGGCCGUUGCGAUACUCAGCGAUGCGAACGAACGCCCGAGUCGCUUUGUACAUCAUGGUCGUCUGGGUGGUAUCAUUUUUCGUCUCAUUGACAUCACUGUUGAUCACUCAUUUCCUGGAUGAAGAAACGACGAAUGAUUCGUGUCAGGUCACACAAAACCUCGGCUAUCAGAUCUACGCCACUCUUCUGGCCUUCUAUGCACCAACAAUGAUCAUGGUGAUUCUCUAUGUGAAGAUCUGGAGAGCCGCGAAAAGAUUAGCGAAACAAGACAAAUUGUUAUCUUAUCAUACGGGUACUCGAGCCUCAGCUGACAGCUCGAAUCUUCUCGCUGCCGGUCCGAUAAACGGGAAAAACGGAUCGAAAUUCUUCCAUCGUCCAUCGGCUCUUCUUAAUGCUGUGAAAUACCACGCUCGACAACACGAGAAAUCGGAGACGAAAGCUCGACAGACAUUAGGAGUGAUGAUGUCCGUAUUCAUCAUCUGUUGGCUUCCAUUCUUCUCAUUGGCCCUUCUAAAGCCGGUGCUUGAGCUGAACGUCCCAUGGUGGUUGGAUUUGGUCACACUGUGGCUCGGAUACUCAAACAGUAUGCUCAAUCCAGCAAUCUACUGCAAGUACAACAAAGAAUUUCGAAUGCCAUUUCGAGAGAUGCUCUUCUGUCGUUUCCGCACUCUCCAAACAGUGAUGAGACAACAGAGUUUCACGAGUAAAUAUGGCCCUACUCCAUGUCGAGCGGCCAGCGUACAAGACCGAGCCGAAAGACCGGAAUCUUCCGAUUUG